GCCGACAACCACGCCACCUCGCCCCUGGGCAACGGCGAGACGUCGGACAAGGUGAGCGUGCCCAACUUCAGGAUCGCAGUCCAUGGCUUCCCCUGCAAAGAUGUGUCCGCCAGGAACGUGAACGUCAAGAAGUUCAAGAGGAACAUCCAGGCCAAGACUGGGAAGACAGGCACCGCCUUCGCCGGCAUCGUGGACCUCUUAGGGGGGGUCAAGGCCAGCAGCCUCAUAUUCUCCAUUGGCGAGAAUGUGAAGGAGAUCGCGGAGCCGCCGCACGGCGAGCCCGCGAGCGAGAGCAAUCUGGCCUACGCCCUGCGCAUGCUCGACUACGACACGAACCAGUUCGCGUUCGCGGUGGUCUUGGAUCCCAGGAUGUUCGCAACGCCAGUCUCCAGAGGUCGGGUGUGGAUUCCAGCUAUCAGCCGCAAGGUCAUGGGCGAGCUGGGCGUGACCGACGCAGAGCUCUACGACUGGAUCACCCGCCUGUUGGACAGGUUCGCUGGCCACAAGCUUCACAAUAUCGAUUCGCUUUUCCUGGGUGACUCUGACCCGUACGUGGUGGCGAUCGCAGAUGCCGAUUGGAAGAAGACGCUGCCGUGGAUGGAGGAGUUCCGCCCUGACAGUGAUGCGAUGUGGCCGUCUCAGCACUCCGCGAUCAGCAAUCGCACGGGGCACUGGUUCGCGACGUCCGACCUGGCUUCCGUCGCAUCUUCGCACGCUGGCAUCCGGGGCAUUUCUCGGCGGGAGCUCGACAUGCUGAUUUGCAAGGGGAUGCCCGUGCCAGACAAGAUCCGGCGCUUCAUGGAGCUGGGGCAGAAUGGCGAGCGGAGCGGCCCUUUGCCCAAAGGCCCGUCGCCCCACGUGCCGUGCGUUUGCCCGAACAACAAGGUGUGGGUCUCCGACAAGGUCCGCGUGAUGAACGGCCUGGAGUUCAUGCAGUGCCAGGGCAUCUACUACCCAGGGAAGGACUCCAAGAUCAGGGAGUACUCCAGCGGCUUCCUGCGCGACCUCGCCGGGAAUGCGAUGCACACAG